UAGUAAAGAUUUCGUAAAAUUUAAUUUCACAAUUACUCAGCAAAAAGCAAAAUUUUCACGCAAAAUUGUAAAACUUGACGGAGGAUAAAAUUUUAUAACGUUAUUGCAAGCCGACAAUAAGUUCGUGACACGAUUCAUUUUCAAAAAUGUUAGCGUGACAUAACACGUUACGAUAUCCAACAGUCAAAAAGAAUUGGUUUUGUCACAUACCAAAGUGUUGGAAAUGUUGUCUUUGAGGUAGUAUACUCAGCUAAAUGAAUAAACAGAAGAUAAAAAUAUUUGGCUGGUGAUCUUGUCAAUAGUAGAUUGAGACUUUAAAAAGUUCUGUAAAAGUUCACAGAUAGUUAAAAGGAAAUCUGAUUAAAGUGAUGGCAACGCUACAAUUCCUUCCUUCAUGCAUGGAGUAUGAUAGCCAACAGACAAUACGAAACUAUACACAUGAACAAGUAGCUUGUAUUUCCCAGGCGCUUGAACAAAGCGGUAACAUCGACUAUUUAGCGAGAUUUCUCUGGUCGUUACCAGAUUACGAUGACGUUUAUGUUAACGAGUCCGUUUUAGUGGCAAAAUCAGUUGUGGCCUACCAUCGAGGUAAUUUGCAAGAACUUCGUCACAUCAUCGAAAACAAUAAUUUCGCACCAAGCUGGCACCCAAAGCUACAAAUGCUUUGGCUGGACGCUCACUACCUAGAAGCUGAAAUCUUUCGUGGUAGACCGUUAGGGGCAGUAGCCAAGUAUCGUAUACGACGAAAAUAUCCCCUACCACGAACAAUAUGGGACGGUGAAGAGACAAGUUAUUGCUUUAAAGAAAAGUCGAGAGCUGUUUUACGGAUAUGGUACAAGCAAAACCCUUAUCCCUCGCCACGAGAGAAAAGAGAAUUAUCCCGAGCGACAGAACUUUCAACAACACAAGUAAGCAAUUGGUUUAAAAAUCGCCGACAAAGAGAUCGAGCAAUCGAAGUAAAAAAACGGGAGCAAGAAAAGAAGAAAACGUUUUGCAAAUACACUGCAGAUACAAAUGCUGACCCCUAUUCUGAUGAAUUCGACGCUACACCGCCAUUAUGUAAUAACCAGUUUUACAUAAAAAACAUGAACACGUGACGUCAUUAACGUGACAAGUUACGAAACAAAACAAUGAAGUUAAAAUGCGGAACAGCAGGAAAGAAAUGAUGACCAACUUUUGAGCUGUAUGUAUUCUGUGGGAGCUGAAUAAUAAUUUUGUAACAGAACAAAUAUUAACAAGUAUAUUUUUCGAACACACAUCAUCCACACACGCGAUUCUUCAAUACAAAUUUUCAAUUGAGAGGGAGUGUGCUUGUAAGUUCGUUGUAAUAAGUUAAGGUAAAAAAAAACA